AUGGCGCCGUUCACCGUCAAUGUUCUUCUUUCGUCUUUCCCUGGCCUCGCCCUUCCCGCGACUUUGGCCAUCCCUCUACCAUCAACAUCUUCUAUCGCAGAUCUUACAGAUAGAAUAAGCGCUCAUCUUCCUUUCCCUCUGACUGCUCAGUCCUCACCUUUUAUAUUGACAACAACGAACAACAAGCAAAUUCCCUUCUCUUCUUCUGCAAAACUUAGCAACCUCAUACCAGACACUGUUGAAAAUGGCGUCGCAAACUUUGCUUCUACUUUUCUACCGCUCCGCCUUAGCGUCCGCGUAUGUGGCGGAAAAGGAGGAUUUGGCUCUCAGCUCAGAGCGGCUGGAGGCCGAAUGUCCAGCCGACGAAAGGGAAAUCAGGAUACAAACACCGGCUCAAACCGUAACCUUGAUGGCCGCCGGCUGCGUACGGUGAAAGAGGCAAAGGCCCUAGCAGAAUAUCUUGCAUUGAAACCGGAAAUGGAUAGAAAAGAAAAGGAAGCUCGAAAGAGACGAUGGGAGGCUGCCGUUGCCGCUGCAGAGAAGAAAGAGCAAGAGAUCCGGAACGGUGAAGGAAAAGGGAAAGUUGAUGGUGCAUGGAUGGAAGAUAAAGAAGAGAUGAGCGAAAAGGCCCGUGAGGCUGUUCUUCAAGCUAUGGCCGGGGGUGUCUGGAAAGAUAACCUUGCUGGGUUAUUGGAUAGUGCAGAAGCUAGUGGGAGCAGCGGAAGCGGAGGAUCCAUGGACGCCAGCGAGGAUAGUGACAUGGAAGACGUUGAUGAAGAAGAUUCCCCUAACGAGCCUAGUGCAAGCACGAAGAAGCCAGUCAGACGGUUCUUUGGAUUUGACGAUGAGGAAGACGAUGAGGACCUCAUGUCAGAGGACGAAGAGGAUGAAAUUGAUGAGACCGAUAUCAAAGGCAAAGGAAAGGCAAGGGUAUGA